AUGUUGCUUUCGAGGCCUUUGAGCAAGUUUUCCAUAUUUUUGGGUCUCACGUCUUGUGCUAUAGCCACGGAUCUCCGCAAACCGCUUCUCAAAGACUUUGACUCACUGGGCGCAUGGUUUGACGGCGUUGCCUCGAUUGCCAACACUUCGCGACCAGACAAUGUCGACCAAGUCAAGAACAAAUCCAUUGCCAUUGUUGGAGCCGGCAUUACUGGCUUGACUACGGCCCUCAUGUUGGAGAGUGUUGGCAUUCACAACUGGGAGCUACUCGAAGCAGACAAUCGGGUCGGCGGGCGCUUGCGUACCGUUUCCAAUAUUGGCGGCACGCAGGAAUGGGCCGAGAUGGGACCCAUGCGCCUACCCUACCGCGCAAAGUACAAAGACAGCAAUGAAACCAUCGAGUACUCUGACCACGCCAUGACGUUUCAGCUCAUAGACUGGCUAAACGACAUGAACCGCGACAACCAUUCGAGCCUCCACCUUGACCUCAUACCAUGGAUUCAGCAUUCACCCAACGAACUUUUGGCGCUCGGUACCGGACGACUCUCUGAUGGUGGCGUCCCUACCCGUGCCGACAUUGCGGCAAAUUCAAGUCUGGGCAAACCAGCUCCAAUGGAGAUUCAAGAGUACAAAGACAUGAAGGCCAAAAUGAACUCGAUCUUGAUGAACACGACAACCAUCAAGGAGAUGCAGCGCGACGUUUGGAGGCUGCACGAGCGUGUGAUGGAGCAAGGCCUCGAUGAGGUCAGCCAGCAGAGCAUGCUGCGAAAUAUCUGGAACGCGAGCACCAAUGUGACGGACGCUAUUCAUACUGCUACCGACUACGAUGUCUUUUGGGACGAGAUGAAUCACAAUUCCAAUCUCGCCCAAGACGGCGGUGCAAGCGCCAUUGCCGAGACGGAAUGGAAAUGUGUCGACGGUGGAUUCAGUCGCCUCUCACAAGCCAUCGUCCCACACGUUCAAAACCGUUUGAGAUUGAACAGACAGGUCCGAGAGAUCGAGGCGAUAUCUGAUCAAGGUGGAGAGAUUACUGGGACGCGCCUGUCGUGGAUUGAACCGGGUGUCAAUACAACGACAAUGAAGCCGCAAUCCGACCAAUCCAAGGACUAUGAUUACACCAUGCUUGCAGUCCCGUUCACCAUGACACGAAUGAUGUCUCUGCCGUCGUUUUCAUCGGUCAAGACGCGAGCCAUGUCGGAGCGAGGUCUAAGGUUCAAGGACGCUUGCAAAGUCGCGCUGCUGUUUAGCGAGCGUUUCUGGGAGCAGGAGGAGAGGCCCAUUUUUGGCGGAUACUCGACUCCCCGAGACGCCGCCGUUGGAGCAUUGUACUAUCCCGUAUACAAUCUCAACGAGACGGGAAGGCCAGGACUGAUUAUGCACUACCGCGGUGGCGACUGGUCAAGUCGCUUUGCCAGCCUGAGCGACGAGGAGCACGUCAGUAUUGUGCUUGACGCAAUCGCCGACCUUCACGGCGAACAAGUGCGUGAUCUGUACACGGGUGAUUACGAAAGGGUUUGCUGGCUGAACGAGCGUCAUAUUGCAACAAGCUGGACGCGCCCGGAUGUGGAGCAGCACAGACUGUAUAUCCCCUCGUACCACGAGACUGAGCAAAAUGUUAUUCUGAUCGGCGAGCAUACGGCGCCGACACAUGCCUGGAUCAGCUCAUCGCUGUACACUUCUGUGCGAGGCGUAGUCCAGCUGCUUCUGGAGUUGGGACUCGUGGACGAGGCGAAAGAAGUGAACCAGUGCUGGAUGGGACGCUGGAUCAAGGUUUAG